GAGAGUCACAUUCAUUCGUGGGAGGAAAGCCUUGAGUGGGGGGUGCACACGGUGGACUGGAUGCAAAACUAAAGUUAGCGGAGAAGCGCGCAGAGAAACAAGAAGAACCGAUAAAGAGGACCCCGCCCAUCGAGUCAGUGAGAUGAGUCUAAGCACCAGCGAGAUGGAGGACCUGUGGGAGUCCUUGGGCUACCUCAACUUCUCCGACUCCUUCGCCAACAUUUCCAGCGUGGACGCCACGGUGUGCGCUACGGCCUUCAACCGCAACGCCCUGCUCCACUCCAUGUGCGUCCUCUACACCUUCAUCUUCGUGGUGGGCCUGGCGGCCAACGCUCUGGUGCUGUGGGUCAACGUGCGCGCCCAGGGCGGCGACUCCGCCCCCCGCCACGAGACCCACACGUACAUCGCCCACCUGGCCGCGGCCGACCUGUGCGUGUGCGCCACGCUGCCCGUGUGGGUGAGCUCGCUGAUCCAGCACGGCCACUGGCCCCUGGGGGAGGUGGCGUGCAAACUCACGCACCUUCUCUUCUCCGUCAACCUCUUCGGGAGCAUCUUCUUCUUGGCUUGCAUGAGCGUCGACCGCUACCUGAGUGUGUCGCGGCACCGGGAGAACCAGGGCGGCAAGCGCAGGAAGAUGAUGCGGCGGGCGGUGUGUGUAGGGGUGUGGCUUCUGGCUUUGGUGGCCUCUUUGCCGGACACCUACUUCCUGCGUACAGUGAAGGCCUCACACGGGGACAGCAUGCUCUGCAGGCCCGUGUAUCCAGACGACAACCCCAGGGAGUGGAUGGUCGGCGUCCAGCUGAGCUUCAUCCUCCUGGGCUUCGUCCUCCCCUUCCCUGUGAUCGCCAUCUUCUACGUCCUGCUGGCCAGCGCCUUCGCCCGUGCGCCCUCGUCCUCGCCGUCCUCCACCGUGGAGCAGGAGCGCCGCGUGAGCCGCAGGGUGAUCCUGGCCUACAUCGUGGUUUUCCUGGGAUGCUGGGGGCCGUACCACGCCGUGCUUUUGGCCGACUCCCUCUCCCAGCUGGGCGUCCUGCCGCUGACCUGCGGCCUGGAGAACUUCCUGUACGUGGCCAUGCACCUCACCCAGUGCCUGUCCCUGCUACACUGCUGCUUCAACCCCAUCCUCUACAACUUCAUCAACCGGAACUACCGCUACGACCUCAUGAAGGCCUUCAUCUUUAAAUACUCCACGCGGACUGGCCUGGCGCGCCUCAUCGACACGUCCAACGUGUCCGACGCGGAGUACUCCGCCGUGGCCGCGGACAACCCGCCGCAGCUUUGAGAACCGGUUGAAAUCCUCUCAAUCCGAUCCCCGGUUUUCAUCAGGAUUCGUCACAUUUUGACAUGAAAUGACUUUUACAGACAAUCUGUUGCAAUUAAAUGGACGGACACCCAUCAAAUUGAUGGACUGAUUGUAAAAAAAAAAAAAAAAAAAAGAGCACUUAGGGAGCAGUUUCAUUCGCAUAAAGCAGGGGUGUCAAACUCAUUUUAAAUCAGGGCCACAUGGAGAAAAAUCUACUCCCACUGGUAAAAUCACGGCACAAUAACUUAAAAAUAAAGACAACUUCAGAUUGUCUUCUUUGUUUAAAAAUAGAACAAGCAUAUUCUGAAAUUGUACAAAUGAUAAUUUUGUUGCGGUUAAUAGUAUUCUAUCUUUAUUUGUCGUUAUUUAUACUUUCUGAAUACAAUAUGUUAUAAUGUUCAUCAAUCAACUCAUUGGUGUAAAUUUUCAAUCUAUCAAGUAAAAAAAAAAAUGGUAACACUUUAGUAUGGGGAACAUAUUCACCAUUAAUGAGUUGCUUAUUAAAGUAACAAAUACUUAAUUUAGAGUUAUUUGGACACUAGGGGAACAUGUAAAUAAUAAAUGAUAAAUGGGUUACACUUGUAUAGCCCUUUUCUACCUUCAAGGUACUCAAAGCGCUUUGACAGUAUUUCCACAUUCACCCAUUCACACACACAUUCACACACUGAUGGCGGGAGCUGUCAUGCAAGGCGCUAACCAGCAGCCAUCAGGAGCAAGGGGUGAAGUGUCUUGCCCAAGGACACAACAGACGUGACUAGGAUGGUAGAAGGUGGGGAUUGAACCCCAGUAACCAGCAACCCUCCGAUUGCUGGCACGGCCACUCUACCAACUUCGCCACACCGUAAGAGUUAGGGUUACUAAUAAGCAAUAAUUCUGAGGUUAUUGAGGGAAGACUCUUAGUUAAUGGCUUACUGGUUGUAUAUAAAGGCCAUGCAGAAUAAGGCAUUAGUAAGUACUUAAUAAUGACUAAUUAAGAGCCAAUAUGUUACCAAUUUGCAUGUUAAUAAGCAACUAAUUAAUGGUGAAUAUGUUCCCCAUACUAAAGUGUUACCAAAAAAAUAUAUCAAAAUCAAAUUACAGUAUGUUAUUUAUGUAGUUUGAUCAUUUUCCUCGACUGGUGUACUAACAUCAUGUGGUUUAUUUUGUACAUAUGUAGCAUCAUCUACAAAGAUACAAAUAAUUGCUAUUGCGACAUCCAGUGGACACAUUUAGAACAGCUGUUUCUUUCAUUCAAAAAUGUCAGGUUAAUUUUUAUACUUAGCAAACUCAUGCCGCGGGCCGGAUAAAACCUGUUCGCCGGCCUGAUCCGGCCCUCGGGCCGUACGUUUGACACCCCUGGUGUAAUCAUAUAAAUACUGUAGCGUUGCUCAUUUGAAAGGCCCCACCUUAUAUUUGUAAGGUCGUUUUGUAUGUAUGUGUGUUUAUAAUCAGGCGGGAAUUGAUUCUGUCUCGUCAGAAUGACAUCAAGUCAAUGUAUUUAUACUCGUUUAUAACCGCCGCACGGUUACGCCUCAUCCUUUCAGUGCACGCACUGGCGGGCUCCUUGUUCAAGUCCUGCUGUCACGCGUUAGGUAUGACAAAAAAAACCUCAUUACGUCAUCUCAGUUGAAUCCUUCAGACCAAAUUAGAAGACCCCUGAAAAUGUUUUAUCAAAUUUUGUGCUGAUCCCGCGGAACGCCCCAAAUUUGGGUUGUGUGAGAAAUUUCAAGUCAAUCUUUUUAAACAGUGCCACCAUGUGGUAUAUUUAAAAAAAAAAGUAAAAGAAAAAAACAAACAUUAGCACAGUAUGGCUGCAUGUCUUGCCAAGUUGUCACCCAAUAGCCUUGAGUCAUUAAAAAUUGAAAAUGGUAAAUGGUCUGUAUUUAUAUAGCGCUAUACUAUACUUGGAAAGAUACCAAAUACAUAUAUACAUCAUAUAUACAUAUACACACACACACA